GUUGAUAGCGGCAUUUCAGACUGCGCGCAUAUUUCAUAUGCCGCACAUCAAAGAAUCCCACCGCCGUGAUGCGAAUGAAGGGAGAUGAGGGAAUGAUCAUUUCCAUGUGUUAUUAAAUUUGCACCGCACUCAUACACAUUGGGAAGCCGCCGUCGGAGUGCAUUCGCGGAGAAAAAGGCUUUUGCCUCGGUAAAUCUGAGUGGAAAAGUGUACAAGUGAUAUCAAACGACCAGCGUCGUCAUGUCAGGAACUAUUUUGGAGAAUCUGAGCGGCAGGAAACUUUGUAUCCUAGUUUCUGUCUUGCUGUUUUUGCAGUUCCUUUGCUUUCUGCUAGGUGGUCUCAUAGCUCCUGUUCCAUCCAGCGUCCAGACGAUUCUAGGUACAAUCUGCAAGGAUGUGCCAGGAUCACACAAUGACACAAAAUUAUGGCUCUACUCACGUGGUGAAGAUCACUGUCAAAGUUUGGACCAUCUGGACAUCGAGAACCACGAUUUGAAAAUGGCCAAUCAAAUUGUGUUCGUCUUCCAAAUGCCUCUUCCACGGGAAGGACGACAGCUGGACUACUCUCGCUGGCAGCAGAAUCUCAUUGGUGUUAUACAGACGGAUAUUGCCUAUGAUAAAAACAUUUUACUGAAGCCGCACACCAAAAUGACGAUCGAUGCUCGUUUAGCAUACCGAAACAAGGGCGAUGCCGAUCAAGAUUGGAAAUAUCUGGCCUCCUCUCUGGAAAAGCGUGAUCUGGACUGCUCGGCUGACAACGCAACGGACGAAUAUUUAUACAAUUGCAACUCUAUUCCACUGUUCGAACUGGGUUCUUUACAUCACGAUUACUAUCUGUUGAACAUCCGGCUGCCGGUGGACAGCGAUUUGAAAAUGAAUUUAGACAUUGGUCACAUACAUGAUCUGCAUUUGUCUGUUAUCUAUCAGAACGGGGGAUUCACGAAAGUUUGGGUAUCCCUCAAAACUGUCUUCCUUCCAUUCAUUAUUAUGAUAAUGGCUUGGUUCUGGCAACGAGUGCAUUUGCUACAGCGCAAACCGGCUCUUCUGGAGCGUAUGCUUCUGGCACUUGGAUGCGCAUUAACAUUCCUCAAUCUUCCACUGGAAUAUCUUACGCUGGUUUUUGAUAUGCCCUUCAUGCUGCUUCUGAGUGAUAUUCGGCAGGGAAUGUUUUAUGCGUGUUUACUUUCAUUCUGGCUCGUUUUUGCUGGAGAACAUAUGCUGAUUCAGGAAACCGGUGAAAAAUCCACCCUCAAAUCGUACUGGAAACAUUUAAGCGCCGUGGCUGUCGGAUGUGUUUCCCUUUUCCUGUUCGAUAUGUGCGAACGUGGAGUACAACUGCGUAACCCAUUCUAUACGAUUUGGGUGUCACGCAUCGGAUCACACAUUGCUCUUGGCUUCAUAAUUCUUGCGGGCUGCUCAGCGGGACUGUAUUUCCUCUUCCUCUGCUACAUGGUUUGGAAAGUGUUUUGCAACAUCAACUUGAAACGAACAUCACUCCCGUCAAUGUCUUCGGCUCGUCGUCUACAUUACGAAGGGAUAAUUUAUCGUUUUCAGUUUCUAAUGCUGGCUACUCUCCUCUGCGCUGCCCUCACUGUAAUAGGGUUCAUCAUCGGGCAAGUUUCAGAAGGUCGGUGGAAGUGGGAUGAAAAUAUUGACCUAGAAUAUACGUCCGCUUUCUUUACCGGUGUGUACGGAAUGUGGAACAUCUACAUAUUCGCACUUAUCGUAUUGUACGCACCGAGUCAUAAGAAAUGGCCCACCAAUGAGACCACCGAGCACAUCAUCAGCGAAGAAAUUGAAUUCAGCAAUCUGCCUUCCGAUUCUAAUCCAAGUGAAAUUUCCUCGUUGACGCAAUUCGCCCGUAAGGCGGCUUUCGAUUAAGGAAAUGUCCAAUCUAUCAAAAUCAGCAUCAAUUUUUGUGAGUAAAUAUAACAUGAACAACAUGCGAAGUUUUGCGUAAGAUAUAGUGCGUAGUACAGUGCAAAUUGUUACUACGUAAACAGUUCAGUAUUAUUCAGUGUCAUUCAAUAUCUCAUUACUCGCGUUUACCACAUUUUAGACUGUAGCGGACUGUCUUUAUAUUACUAGCAAAUAGAAACAAUAACAUCUUGAAUCAAUGCAAUAAAAGCGAUAUUUAUGCUCUCUAAA